UUUUAAAGUGUUAAUGUGUGAAACGCUCAUCAUUAUCAUCAUCGCCAAAAAAAAAAGUUAAUUAUUUUGCUUGAGUUAUUUUUCUUUUCGGUUUCGACGAGCGAAAAACACACACAUUCAUCACAUUCGCAAAUGUUGAUCAACCGCAAAAAUGUUGUUUUUUUAAAGCAAAAAAAAGCGAUUGAAAAGUAUUAGUUGAAAACAAAGUGAAAUCAACAAAAGCGAUCAAAAUUACAAAAAAAAAAUCAAAACAAUUUGAUAGUGUCUGUUAUUCAUAGUUGUAUUGUAAAUUCAAAGUGUGCAUUCGAUUCAAUUAAUAUCAACGUCCAUACAAGAUGUUUAAAAAAUUAAAGGAUAAAAUCGCCGAAGAGGUGAAAUCAUCACCAUCACGCAUCCAACAGCUUGCUCAAGUUGCCCAGACUGCUAUGAGUUCGGCAUCUAGUACAACAUCAGAAUCGGUGCCGUCAAAUGAUAAUUUUUUUAGCAUUACUGAAGAAGAUACACCGCAAAAUUCACCGCAUCGUUUAAAUCAAGGAAGUGCUGGCACCAAAUCGACCCAAAUUAGCCCAAAUGCAAUAUCAAAUUUUCAAAAUCAAAUGCAGCAUACAUCAAACAAUGGCACCGUACCAAGUGUACGUGUUCGAAAAUUAUCCAAUUCUUCCAUGGCAAGCGAUGUAUCAUUUCGAUUGCCAUCGUUUGAUACAUCACCGUCCGCCUACAAUUUUCAAUCCGAUCUUGAUGCAUCGGCUAGUGAAUUUGAAGAUAGCGCAUCAACCGUUGGAUAUGAAGCCCAAUUGGAUGUGAUUAGCAAAGAGAAAUUGUACGAUGCGUAUAAAAAGUCGUUGGAACGUUAUCAAAAAUAUCGAGGCCGAUAUUCGGAUUUGGUGCGACGGUAUCGGGAUCUUGAACGGGAUAAUAACAAAGCUAGGUCGGUGCUAGUGGAAACACAAGACAAAGCAUUGCGUCGAAUCAGUGAGCUUCGUGAACAAUGUUCGUUGGAACAACAGGCAAAAGCCCAUCUAGAGGCUGCACUCCGAAUGGAAAUGGACGAACAACAAUGCAUCAUCGAAACGCUCAAAACGAAGCUUACAUUGCACGGCGAGAGCCCAGACGAUAUUAUGAAAAAUGGCAACGAUAAUUUGAUUUCAUUGAACGAUAUAAGUGGGAUGUCAAACGCAGCAACAGCAUCACCACCAUCAUCAUCGCAAAGUGAUAAUAACAGUUCGGUGAAUUUGAUAAAUAUAAGCGAUAGUACGGAUGAUAAUUCUGAUAAUAAUUUAACGGAAAAAGAAACCCAAAUAAUAGCCGGUGCUAGUAUUAUAAUAAAUGAUUCCGAUGAUAAAAUAAAAACGCUUGAAAUGCAAUUGUUGGCAUUAAAGCAACAACUAUCCGAUGAAAAAGGUAAAUCGACCGAACUGAGUCGCCUGCUGGAAUCAUCGCAAAAGCAAGUGAAUGAAUUAAUUGCACGCGAAGAGGAGAAUACAAUUCUAUUGGCGCAAAAUAAAUUGGCCAUUCAUUCAGAGCUGGAGAAUAAGGAGAAAGAGAUGAAAUCAUUGAAAAACGAUGCAAAACAAUCGGCCAGCGAAAAAGAGUGUCUCAAUGAAAUUGUGACCGAAUUGCGUGAAUUGAAUAGCAAAGCGAAUGCCAGUGUUAAGGAACUGUCGGAAACGAAGCGAGCGCUUGAGGAGAAAGUCGACGAAAUGAAAAAGAAUGCCAUCACUGCUGAAAGUGAUAAUAAAGAAUUGCGCGCCAAAGUCAUCGUAUUGGAAAGUGAAAAACAAAGUAUUUUAACGAAAAAUGCAUUGGAAUUGGAAAAAUUCAAGGCACGCUACGAUUCACUCAUGCGAAAAAAUGAACAAUUGGAAGAGAUAACACGGACACGUGUCAUUGAAAGUCACGAAAAAUUGGAAACCGAAUUAAAAACGACAAAAGAUGCACAUGCUGAAUUGAGUAAACAGCUGGCCGACGAGCAAAAGCGUGCGACCGAAAUGCUCAACGAACAUCGCGACGCAAUCAAACGGAUUUCGAGCGAUUUAGAUUCGGCCAAAGCCGAUAAAUUGAAAUUGGAAUCACGAUUCAAGCAAUUAUUCGAAGAAAAAGGAAAUGCUACGGCCGAAUUGGAAGCGACCCAAACACAAUUGACACAAGCCAACGGUAUGAUCGACGAGAUAAAAGCGCAGCUAGCAAUAUUGACGCAGGAACGUGACACGGCGAAAGAAGCAAUUUCGAAAUAUGAAGAAGAAUUGACGAAUCGACGUGCAAGCGAUGCAGCAGAAAAAGACGAUUCACAAGCAGAAACAAUUGGCCUAAAAUCAAAAAUCGAUUCACUCAAAACCGAAAAGAAAGAUCUUGAGAAGACGCUGGAAAAGACAUUACGCGAAAAAUCGGAAUUACAAACACAAGUCACGAAUAUUUUGCAGGAGAUUGGCCGAUUGGAAGAGCAAUUGAAAGAGGUCAAAGAGAAAUAUUCGGAAUUGGAACGGGAAAAACGAAUUGCAAGCGAUUCACAAACUGACGAAGUAGUACAGUCACUUACCAAUAAAAUUAAAGAAUUCGAAGCAAAACUCAAUUCAAUCGAAUGCGAAAAUUCACAAUUGGCCGAGAAGAAUUGUUUGCUGGAAGAGAAUAACAAUCGAUUGAAAGUGGCAUGCAAAGAACUGGAGACGGCAUUGGAAACGGAAACAACAACGAAUCAAGACCGAAUCGCAACGGUGACACUUGAAAUUGAUUCGGUGAAAGAGGAAAAUGCUCGAUUACAAGAUAAAUUGAAGAAAUCACUCGACGAUUAUGCCGAAUUGUUUAAUACAAAAGAGCAAAUGGAUUUGGAGCAUCGUUCGUUGCUCGAUCAAAUUGAGUGUAAAGAAAAAGAGAAAUUGUGUGCGGUCGAUCAACAAUCAUUGCUUGAACAGCAAAAAACCGAACUCACUCAAACAUGUGACCAAUUGCGCAUCGAUUUGGAAACAGUUCGCAAUGAAAAUGCGACAUUGGAAAGCAAUAAAAACGAUUUACAACAUCAAUUGGAGCAAUUGAAUGAGAAAAUCAAUGAAGUGACUGCCAACAAUGAAAAAUUGGAACAACAAAGCGAUAGUCUUCAGCAUGAACUCGACACAUUGAAAGAGCAAUCAACCGAAUUGAGCGAUUCGUUAAAUCGAUCGCAUACCGAAAAUGAAGAACUGAAAAAUUCGGUAAAACGUUUGGCCGAUAUCGAAAGCGAUUUGGAUGGAAUGGAUCAAAUUAAAAUCGAAAAUGAAUUUCUCAAUAAAUCGACGCAACAACUUGAGGCUGAUUUAAAAUCGAAAAACGAUGAAAUCAUAUCGGUCACCAAUGAGAUCGCCGAAUUGAAAGAAAAAUUAAAAUCGCAACAGUGUGAAUUGUAUGUGUUGGCCGAGGAGAAACGUGAUCGUGACAAAGUUUCGGAGGAAAAAGAGCAUGAAAUCGCACAAUUGAAAACGAUUUGCCAACGCUCACAAGUAUUCGCCGAAGAGCUUCAAACCGAAGUAAAUCAAUUAAAAGAACAAUUGAAUACGCUGAAAUUUUUAAACGAUGAACUUCAAACAGCCAAAGAUUCAUUGGAAUCGAAACACGAUAAAUUGGCCAAUGAAUACGAGACGACAAAACAAUCGUUGAAUCAACAGGUUGCCGAGCUUACCAAACAGCAAACGGAAACCACUGCCAUAAAAUCGAAUUACGACGAAAAAUCAGCAGAACUGACGGCAACCGAAGAGAAAUUGAUGAAUUCACAAAAGGAGCUCGAAUCAUGUCGAGCCAUUAUUGGUGACCUUAAUCUUGACCUCAACGCCCAAACGGAUAAAAUCGAUGCACACGAAAAGGAAAUCGCUGAAUUGAAUGAAAAAAUUAACGAACUGGAAACAAAAAUCAAAUCAACACCGGCCAUUGAUGAUGCCGAAGAAAUGAAACGAUCGUGUGAAAAUCUUAAAUAUGAAUUGGCCGAAGCAAAACGAAAUAAUCAACGGGAAAUUGCCGAAUUAAACCAUGAGAUUGAUGAAUUAAGAGAAAAUGCAAAGGCAUAUCGUGAAAAGCAAUCUGAAUUGAAAGCAACCAAUGAGAUUUUAACGCAACAAUUAGAUGAAUUAAGAGAACAACACCAACAACAAAUCAAAGAGGAAGCGGUGAAAUUGCAUGCAAGUCAAACCGAAAGCACGUUUUCAACGAACAACCAUUCGAAUGAAGAAAGCAGCGGCAGCAGUGACAUUGAUACAGAAUCAUCAACCGUCGAACGUUUGAAGAAGGAAAAAACCGAUUUGGAACAGAAGAUGAACAAAAUCUUAAGCGAAGUGCAGGACGUGUCAAAUCGCAAUCUAUUUUUAGAACAACAAUGCGAAAAUUACCUCAUAUUGGAACAACAAAACGAACGACUCAAGCUACAAAACAACAAAAUUUCACGGCAAUUGGACGAAACACUUGUCUCAAUGCAUCAUUCGGAUGAUAUAUCGGCCAACACCGAAUUUGAAUAUUUGAAAAAUAUCAUGUUUCAGUAUUUAACUAACAAUAUCAACUCAAACAGUACCACAUUGAUCAAAGUUAUUGCUGCUGUACUGAAGUUCACGCCGCAACAAACACAAGUUGUAUUGGAGAAGGAAGCACAUCGAAAAACAUUGGUGGGCCAAAUAAACAAUCUGUUAUAACAAAAUAUCGGAAAUAUCAAAGAACAUUAUUUAUUGUGAUGCAAAGAAAA